CAAGUUCAUAAAGCUAGAAAACAGAGCACCACCCCCACCCCCUCUCAAAAACCUCUCCUCUGUUUUUUCCCUUGUUCUUCUUCCUCUCCUUUCAACCUCCGAGCUUUAUUCCUCUUCAGAAAACUCUCCUACUUCAGACACACAGCCAGACCUCUCACUUUCACUCUCUCUUGCUCUGUUUCAGAAGCAACUAACUGCCGGCCAUUUCUGUUUCUAUCUAUUCGAUUCACUUUUGUUCCCUCUGUUUCAUUUAGCUAUAUUCUCCACAUGGGUUCUCUGUUCUUGACUAGAUUCUGGGAUCCUUGAGUAGGAAUUGAUUGAAAUCGUUAGAUAGGGAAGAUAGACCCGGAUCAGGAGGAAGAAAAAAUGUCAUUCAAAUUGAGAACAGAGCAACAGUACUCUGCCUCCAAUAAGAGCUCUGCUGUAUCUCAGAAAUGGACGCUUUUCCUCUGCCUAGCUUGUUUUUGCGGCGGAAUGCUCUUCACAAACAGGUUGUGGUCACUCCCUGAACCUAAAGGUCUAACAAGGACAACCACUGCAAUUGAAGCAGAAAAACUGAAGUUGAUCUCUGAGGGUUGUGGCUCUAUAGCUCUGCAUCAGAAAGAAGUGCUGCCAGACUCUAAGGACAUAGAUGGAGAAGUUCACAAAACCCACAAUGCCAUACACACAUUGGACAAGACAAUUUCAAGCUUAGAGAUGGAGCUUGCUGCUGCAAAGGCAACACAAGAGUCUAUACUCAGCGGCUCUCCUCAAUCAGAGGACUCGAAGAAGAGUUCUUCGUCGAGGAAGAGAAAGUACUUGAUGGUGGUGGGGAUCAAUACUGCUUUUAGCAGCAGGAAGAGAAGGGAUUCUGUUCGUGCCACUUGGAUGCCUACAGGUGAGAAGAGAAAGAAACUGGAGGAAGAGAAGGGUAUCAUCAUCCGAUUUGUCAUUGGUCACAGUGCUACAUCAGGAGGCAUUUUGGAUAGAGCCAUUGAAGCAGAAGACCAAAAGCAUGGAGAUUUCUUGAGGCUGGAUCAUGUCGAGGGUUACCUUGAAUUGUCAGCAAAGACAAAGAUCUACUUUGCUACUGCUGUUGCAUUGUGGGAUGCAGAUUUCUAUGUCAAAGUGGACGACGAUGUACAUGUUAAUAUAGCAACACUUGGAGAGACUCUAGUUAGGCACAGGAAGAAACCAAGGGUGUACAUUGGAUGCAUGAAAUCUGGUCCUGUCCUUAAUCAAAAGGGAGUGAGGUACCAUGAGCCUGAGUACUGGAAAUUUGGGGAAGCUGGAAACAAGUACUUCAGGCAUGCCACCGGGCAGCUCUAUGCCAUCUCCCAUGACUUGGCUUCAUACAUUUCAGUAAACCAGCAUGUCCUGCAUAAGUUUGCUAAUGAGGAUGUCUCCUUGGGAUCAUGGUUCAUUGGCCUCGACGUGGAUCACAUCGAUGAUCGCAGAUUAUGCUGUGGCACUCCACCUGACUGUGAGUGGAAGGCUCAAGCUGGCAACAUAUGCAUUGCCUCGUUCGAUUGGACCUGCAGCGGGAUCUGCAGGUCAGCUGACAGGAUCAAGGAGGUGUUCGCAAUGGCAAAGAGCUCUUUCAAGCUGGAACAUCCCCUCGAGAGGAGGCAGGCUGAAGCUGCACGCAUCAGGGAAAAGUACCCUGACAGGAUCCCGGUAAUUGUUGAGAGGGCUGAAAAAAGUGAUGUCCCUGACAUUGACAAGAAAAAAUACCUGGUUCCUGCUGAUCUGACUGUUGGACAGUUUGUUUAUGUGGUCCGGAAGAGGAUCAAGCUGAGUCCCGAGAAGGCCAUUUUCAUUUUUGUGAAGAAUAUUCUACCGCCAACUGCUGCCAUGAUGUCUGCAAUCUACGAGGAGAACAAGGAUGAAGAUGGCUUCCUUUACAUGACCUAUAGUGGCGAGAACACAUUCGGGAUCCUCUAAUGCUUGAAGAACUAUGAAGCACCAAGUGAAUAAAGACUCUGGUAGAACCUAUAAGUGAAGAAAAGUUGCUUUAAGCUAGAAUUGCUGACUGAAGAAUCUAUAGACCCCUUGUACAUUCUUGACCUAUCUCCCUCUCUGUGGAAUGGUAUCUCUGACUCUUAUCUUGUAAACUUGGACCCCUCUGACAUCUAUGUCGAUUCUGCCACUUUAGUUGUUCUACUCUAAUUGUUCACUCAGAUUCUGUCAAAGAAUUUACAUCCUUCUACCAAGGGGCAACUAUUUGGUCCAAACUGGGUUGAAUUGGACCGACAAAUCGAUUGAAUCUGACUGUAUUGAAUAUAUAAUUUGAUUC